AUGGAGUUCGAACAUUUGGCAGAUGAUGAGUUGGACUUUGAGCUACUGAUACGAGGUACGAAAGAGAUAAAAGGAUUAGACCGACAGGGGAAACUCCGACUCUCUUUAAUCACCGAUAGCUUUAUAACGGCCAGUGCAAACAAAUCGUUGGCUAAAAUCAAGCAAAUCUUGGCCAGGAUACAGGACUUCAUGCUGAAUCAACCAUCCACCAACCCGGACGCAAAAGAGGAUAUUGACAUUCUCCCUGGAGAUAGGGAAACCCUACAAAGGCUUAGGGAUCCCCUAUUACAAUCUAGUGUAAAGGAAUCUCAGCAACAGCCGCUAAUCGAGGAUCGGGAACAGCAACCAGCAGUAGUCAAUCAACAGGCACAGGGACAAGUGGAGGACGAAAAGCGAGACUUACAUCAAGAGCAACAAAUAAUAGUGCAGCAACAGCAACUGCUGAGGCAGCAACAAGAACGUCAAUACUGGGAACAAUGUAGGCAACAGCAGGAACAAAUCCAUCAACAGCAGUUGCAACAGUUUCAACAACAACAACAAGAGCUACAACACCUCCUACAGCAGGAAAGAACAAAAAGACAGCAAAUAGAAAUCCAAAUGGGACUAUUGCAACAUCGUCAGCAGGAACAAUAUCAACAGCAUCCUAACAUCCCACUGCAUUCGAUACCAGGAGUAGAUCAGUUACCACACGACCUCAGGAACGACUUCAUGCGCUUCUUACGAUCUCAGAAUAGACCAAACACCCCGAGGUCAGGUGGACAAGUGCAAAAUUCAGCAAGGUUCACGCAGCCGGUUCACAAGUGGCCCUUUGCAUACUCUGGUCAACCUAACAUCAUACAGUUGGGUGAAUUUCUUAACCAAGUAAACACUUUUGCCGACACGGAAGGAAUUGAUGAGCAAACUCUACUUCGGUCAAUCAAACAUCUCUUGAAAGGUCGCGCUCUCCAAUGGUACACACGUUCCUAUCUUUAUCUAACCAGCUGGGAGACAUUCAGAUUAGAAAUCAAGCAAGAAUUUCUUAAGCAAGACUUGUACUUGCGAUUCCAAGGUUCUAACGAAUCGUUCACAUCGUUCUACAGAGACCUCGUGGCAGCUUUUGAAAUAGUGGAACCAGCCAUAUCAGAAUCAGAGAAACUGUUCAUCGUGAAAUCCCACCUGAACCCGGAUUAUUCACCAAUCGCUGCUGCUUCCCGAGCCAGGUCAAUUAAAGAGUUAGUAGUGGUAUGCAAGGACUUCGAAGUAUCUCGAUCGUAUGCAAUCAGAGGAAGGUCGUCUUUGACACCACGCACUUACUGGCCAAAACAGGAAACAUCUUCAUUUCAGCGAGCGUCAACAAACAGAACAGAAAAUCCUAGCCGUCAAAUUUUGACCCGACAACCAUUUCACACAGCUCAACUCAACAUGAUAGAACUAAACAGAGAAGAGGAAGACGAUUGGAACGCACAGGAGAUUCGAGAGCAUGAAGCCAUGCAACAGGACAUCGCUCUACGGAACGAGACAGCUGCAAAUGUCGCGGAGGAAGUGAACGCGGUGCGCUUGCAGAACAAUUUUCGAGACAGGCAAACAACAAACUCACAGAACAUAGGUAAUGGAGAGCAGCGCUCAAGAGAGUUGGCGUCAACCAUUAUAUGUUGGCAAUGCGAAAAUCCAGGCCAUACCUAUCCUAACUGUCCCAACCACAAACUAUACAUCUUUUGUUACAGUUGCGGGAAAAAAGGAUGUACCACUCGCAACUGCGAAGCUUGCAUCUCAAGAUGGAAGCAGCUGGAUUCCAGUAAUGUUUCACAGCAGUCGGGAAACCGCAGAUGGGAGAACCCUCAAUAA